ACCGCGCCCAGGGGAGUCAGGGAGGCCCGUGAGCGGUGCAGGCGGCCUCCGACCAGCAGGUGGCGCGGCCUCCCGCCCGGCCCGGCUGCGUGCGCGUCCCGAGAAGCAGGCCAGCGCGGGGCGGCGGGACUCAGAAAAAUACAAAAACACCAAAAAUAAUACUGAAUGAAGAAGACAUUUAUAUUUCUUCAACAUCCAUCAUUACUGACAUCAGGAAAAAGGAAUUUAAAUACCAGAUUAUUGCUUUAUGAGUUUAGCUACUAUUUUUAAAUUUUUGACACAAGGAAGGAUCAGUGCUUAGCAUCGAGCUGCCAUCAAAUUCACCUUUCUGAAACCAUUUAAGGAGAUUGAUUUGCGCUGAUACACUACAAGACAUUUUAUUAAACAAGCUUAAGGAUCCCACCAGUGUCCUGCAACAUCUGAAGGCAAAAUCUUAUUUUCUUAAGAACAAGUGAGCUUUUAUACUGUUGGUUUGCCACAAACUUCAGACAGAAGUGGAACAAUGUCCUAUGUUUUUGUAAAUGAUUCUUCCCAGACAAAUGUGCCCCUGUUGCAGGCGUGCAUUGAUGGGGAUUUUAACUAUUCCAAGCGGCUGCUGGAGAGUGGCUUUGACCCAAAUAUUCGUGACAGUCGUGGCCGAACUGGCCUCCACCUUGCAGCAGCCAGAGGAAACGUAGACAUCUGUCAGCUGUUGCACAAAUUUGGUGCUGAUCUGCUGGCCACUGAUUACCAAGGUAAUACAGCCCUUCACCUGUGUGGGCACGUGGAUACCAUCCAGUUCCUAGUCUCUAAUGGACUCAAAAUUGAUAUUUGCAAUCACCAAGGUGCAACACCGCUCGUUCUGGCAAAACGAAGAGGAGUAAAUAAGGAAGUAAUUCGAUUGCUGGAGUCUUUGGAGGAGCAGGAGGUGAAAGGAUUUAACAGAGGAGCUCCCUCUAAGAUGGAAACCAUGCAGACUGCAGAAAGUGAAAGUGCAAUGGAAAGCCAUUCCCUCCUUAAUCCGAACCUGCAGCAAGGUGAAGGGGUUCUUUCCAGCUUCCGCACAACAUGGCAAGAGUUUGUGGAGGACCUGGGCUUCUGGAGGGUGCUACUCCUGAUCAUUGUCAUUGCCCUUCUCUCCCUCGGAAUCGCAUACUACGUUAGUGGAGUGCUUCCUUUUGUGGAAAAUCAGCCUGAAUUGGUGCAUUAAAGCAAAUGAAAAGAGGCACAACGUUCUUUUCCUGAGUUCUAAUUGUUGUUCUGAGCUUCUUAUAAUUCUUGGUGCAGCUGUAUAUACUGUUUGCCUUUUAUAUGUACUGCUAACCCUUUUGGAAGAGAGCUGCAUUAAUUUCCGCUAACAACACCAAAUUCUAAAGCAUUCCUAGGCUACCUCUGACAUGUCUUGACUUCUAAUCAAAACUUAUAGAUAGCAGUCUUUAUUGAUCAAAUGUGGUGAUUAUAAAAGGCCCUUCAUAAAUAAAUAGCAAAUCCUUGAGUAUGUAAAAAUGUGUCCUGGUACAGGACCAAAUCAUCUUGUUUUCCAUUUUAAAAAAAGGGGAAAAAAAGAAACUACUUUUCCUAUGUUUCAGCUUUUGAGGAGGAGUAUUCUUAUAAAAAAAAUACCUAGAUUAAAUUGGAAUAAUUUUAAUCUAUUCUGAUAUUUACAUCAUACAGUACUGUAAAUGUGCAGUUUUCUUAGUGCAUGUUCAUGUGUAUGGUUAUAAACUACAUAUACAUUUAAAGAAUGAGAAACAUUUCAAAUUUUAUAACUUUGUUAAACUUCCUUUGACAUCCUUGGAUCAGUCUUGUAUUUAUGUAUUAGCUUAAUAUAACAUAUUUUUUUUUCCAGUUAGUGUGGUGUUACUAAAAUUUGUGUUAGAAUAAAUACUUUGAAGUGAAAUUGUCGGUAGUGCUUUUGGAUGCAAACAUCUUUAAGCAUUUGACUUCAAAAUGCAACUUUUUCAUUUGAAAUACCUUU